UUUAUUUCCAGAAACCAGAGGCUGAGGUAAAGGUGAAAGAGGUGAUCUUCUUCAGGUUGUAUUUAGCAACCAAAGACUGUCUUCAUGGACCUUAGAAGACCCAGAACCUCUAGCCAACAUUAUAUCCUUUCAGGCUCUGAUGACUUCAACCUGUACAUGUGGAGAAUUCCUGCAGAUCCAGAAGCAGGUGGCAUUGGUAGGGUGGUCAACGGAGCCUUCAUGGUGCUGAAAGGGCAUCGAUCUAUUGUUAACCAGGUCCGAUUUAAUCCACAUACCUACAUGAUCUGCUCUUCUGGUGUGGAAAAGAUUAUCAAGAUCUGGAGCCCAUACAAGCAGCCAGGAUGCACUGGAGACCUCGAUGGUCGGAUUGAGGACGAUUCCCGCUGCCUCUAUACCCAUGAGGAAUACAUCAGCCUUGUGCUGAACAGUGGGAGUGGCCUGUCUCAUGACUACGCCAAUCAGUCGGUCCAGGAAGACCCUCGGAUGAUGGCCUUCUUUGACUCCCUGGUACGCCGAGAGAUCGAGGGCUGGAGCUCUGACUCAGACAGUGACCUCAGUGAGAGUACUAUCCUCCAACUGCAUGCAGGGGUCAGCGAGCGCUCAGGCUACACUGACUCAGAGUCCUCGGCCUCGCUGCCUCGCUCCCCGCCUCCCACAGUAGAUGAGUCUGCCGACAGCGCCUUCCACCUGGGGCCCCUGCGGGUCACCACCACAAACGCAGUGGCCUCAACUCCACCAACACCCACGUGUGAGGACGCAGCCUCUCGCCAGCAGCGUCUGUCUGCUCUGCGGCGCUACCAAGACAAACGCCUCCUGGCCCUUUCCAAUGAGUCCGAUUCUGAGGAGAAUGUCUGUGAGGUGGAACUAGACACAGAUCUCUUUCCCCGGCCACGGUCACCCAGCCCCGAAGAUGAAUCCAGCAGUUCCAGUAGCUCUAGUAGCUCCGAGGAUGAGGAGGAGCUGAAUGAACGCCGAGCCUGUACCUGGCAGCGGAAUGCCAUGCGGCGCCGACAGAAGACAACCCGAGAAGAGAGGCCCAGUGCCCCGAUCAAGCCCACCAGCACCUACAUCGGAGAAGACAACUAUGAUUACCCCCAGAUCAAAGUGGAUGACCUUUCCUCCUCCCCCACCUCCUCCCCUGAGCGGAGCACUUCCACUCUAGAGAUUCAGCCAAGCCGGGCAUCACCAACUUCUGACAUAGAAUCAGUUGAGCGAAAAAUUUAUAAAGCUUACAAGUGGCUCCGCUACUCUUAUAUAUCCUACUCAAAUAAUAAAGAUGGAGAGACCUCCCUGGUGACCGGCGAGGCAGAUGAAGGGAGAGCAGGAACCAGCCACAAAGACAACCCAGCCCCUUCUUCCAGUAAGGAAGCCUGUCUAAACAUAGCAGUGGCCCAGAGGAACCAGGACCUGCCCCCUGAAGGCUGCAGCACAGACGCUUUUAAAGAAGAGACUCCUAGAAAUCCCAGCAAUGGCCCAGGCCAUGAGCACAGCAGCCACACUUGGGCAGAGGUGCCAGAGGGUACCUCUCAGGACACUGGCAAUAGCGGCUCUGUAGAGCACCCUUUUGAAACCAAGAAGCUCAAUGGAAAGGCCCUGAGCAGUCGGGCUGAGGAGCCGCCCUCUCCUCCUGUCCCCAAGGCAUCUGGCUCCACUCUCAACAGCGGGUCUGGCAGCUGUCCCAGGACCCAGUCUGAUGACAGUGAGGAGAGGAGCCUUGAAACCAUCUGUGCCAACCACAACAAUGGACGCUUACACCCUCGUCCCUCUCACCCCCACAAUAACGGGCAGAACUUGGGGGAGCUGGAGGCGGUGGCCUACUCUUCCCCUGGACACUCAGACACUGACCGUGAUAACUCGUCCUCGUCCCUGACAGGGACACUCCUACACAAAGAUUGUUGCGGGUCUGAAAUGGCCUGUGAGACCCCCAGUGCUGGAACAAGA